CGAUCGUGCUUUUGCAGGACCAUCGCAAUUGAAAACUUGUGUCCUCAUUUUGGAGCGGGUGUCUUUGGAACUUGAGCAAAAACCCGGUGUUGUUUGGUGCGGCCAGCGAGAUCGUGUCAAGGUGCGGACGAGGAGUGGGAGGUGAUUCCACAUGCACGUCAUAUCAGAGACUCCUCUGAGUCAGUUACUUCUCCUUCCCAGCUCACCUCGCAUUUUCAUUCCCCUCAUUAUAGUUUCACCAACUGGAGCUUCCACCCGGGAUCGGUCCACAUGGUUCACUGAAACUGCCGUAGACGUAUAGGCCAUUAUAAAGAUACGUGCCCGUACGCUGCGGCUUCUGCGGCUUACGGCUCGCGCGUGACGCGCCACAGAUUCCCGGUCAACUCUCCAUUGCAAUUUUUGCACGUUUGCGCGUUCCUCAGUUUAUCUCCUGCUUUGAUUCGUGUUUACAGAAACUUCUACAUGACAGUCCUACUCCGUGCGAGUCCUCUGGUGCUACACAAUUCCUGGUAGCCGUGGCUGUAAAAACGAGGCCACAUGAACGCGGCUUUUUCUCCGGACCAGGAAAGGCCGGACAUAGCACCGACUAAACCAAGAUACCUCUAUACCUACGCAGAUAUCCAGUGUGCGUUACGCCUACGAGUUGGUUUGGUUGUGGCCUCGCUGCUUGGGGACUCUGCCUUUUCUUCCAUGGAAUUUGUUGUGGUUCUCUUCCAUCUGGCGUAACGAUGGCGUGGAUCCUCAAGGGAGAGUUUGAGUUUCUUGUUUCUUCGCUGGCGGAGCGCUUGGACAUUGCAAAAUGUCGAGGACUCCUGACCUCUUCGCUAGACAUGCGUCUUGUUUGCUCGCGUGACCCCACUUUUGCACAUUACUACGGGGCUGGCAAGGCGUACCUCGGGCGGUACAUCGAGAAACACUUGAACAGAACCGGGCUCGGCUUACAGAGCAAGUACAUGCACAAGUCACUAGGGGCCAGCAUUGUUGAUGAGUGCAAUCUGGCACACAUUUUCCAGAUUCUUAGGGUUGAAGAGCUGCUUGAAUGCAAUGCACAAUGCCUCCCCGUCACAGUUGCGGCGUCCGUCCUUCUCGCUAUUGUUGGGGAGUUGGAUGCAGUGCGAAUGGACCUGCUGAAUAUGAAGAAGGACGUGCGGGAGCUUGAUAAUUUCAGGCGAGAGAGUGCACAGUUUCUCACAGACACUCUGGAAUUUCUCGUCGAGUUUAUUGUAGAAUCGGGCCGCGACCGUUUCACUUACAUCAAGGAAGCCCUUAUUUUGCCUACGGCCACGCCGCCUCGACCCAUCCCCAGUCUCGGACAACAACCACCCAAAAGUUCCCAGAAAGUCGCAUCGGACUUACGUUCAUCUGACGACCCAUUCAGUUUGGCUGCCCGUAUGGCCCAAGGAGAUGCGAUUGCAGAAGGCUCCGAUGGCGGACAGGAGUAUCUAACGUCUCUAUAUGCCCUUUACAGACGAGGCGACCUACAGCUGGAGAUUCUCCUCAAUAGUGGGAGCAUUUUAUCAAUCUGGAGGCGGCUAAAGGCACUUUUUGAGCUUCCCCGCGCCACUGCCCAAGAUCUCAUACGCUGGGCUGUCAUUCGUCAGGCCCCUCGUCUCAAUAGGCUUCGUCAGCUGAUAUUUACCAGACUCUUACAGGUCUUAUGCAAUCCUUCACUGCGGACAGGAAAAAUCAAAGGAGACGUGCCUGAUUUUCCACGGAAGGCUCUGAAACAGGAUCGCGCGAUCGCAGCAACAGUGCUCUCCGCGUUCGCUCGCUCCGGUGUCAAGGCUUGGUGCUACGAAAGCGAGUCGCAGAAAUUGGAUAUCGUGCGAGGAAUGGGGGGUGGCGAGGUGUCAAGCAAGAUCUCUUCGAUGUUGUGUAUCAAGGUGGAUCGCGGGUUCAUCGACCUUCCCAUGGAUGACGACUAUUUUGAUGAGGAUACUCUUGAGAGGUGGUUCUCGCCUCGGUGGAGCGAGACAUAUCCAAAUCAAGGUCGUUACUCAAGCUUAAUCGUGACCGAUGACAAUCUCUACCGCCUGGUUCCUAGAAAAGAUAAAAGUGAUUUUGGCUUCGGAACGGCUUCCUCGCUCACGUCACUUGUUGGAGGACGCAUGCGUGGUAUAGUGCCUGAUGAUGUCCUGAGCGGUGAGCACCGUUUCUUCACCGCACCUUUAACAACCGCUUUUCUGGACACCGAAAAGUUCGACACGACUCUCAGGGAAUUUUUUUCAUCCGAUGAUGUGUGCUGAAGAAGGCUACCCCAGUGUUUGUGACGUUGAGGCGUGUAAAUGUUGUUCUGUUAUUUUAAAAAGCAAGAUUCUCAAUUCCCUGAUAGUUCCAUGUACUGUACUUCAAUAUACUCCUUUACUUCCCUACGGGCAUGAUUCUAUCGAUACAAUAUUGUGUGUGUGGUCUAUGGAGCUUCAUUCGUGUGGGAGGUUUCGUGGUGCUCCCUUAACAAUUUCAUUGUUUGCCAGUAGCAGCUCUUAAGUGAUGGCACUAUUUCCGUCCUCUGAGAUGCAUGGAUGGCAAAAUAUCAUGUGCCAUCCGUAACUGCAAAAUCAGUAUACUGGAAUGUACUACUUGAAUCCAAGAUAGAUACGAUACCACAUAGGUCGUGUAUUUCAGAGGGGGAAGGUGUUUGUGAUAAAUGAUGGAGAGAGGUGUUCACCGCCAAGCAGUACAGCUUGUCGGAGAAGACGUUUACUAGUGGGUUGAACUUGGGGCAGCCAAGGCUCUGAAAUGAAGAGAAACCAUUGAGGUUGGGUCGAGUACUUGUCUUCUCCAUUGCACGAAAGCAGGGGCUGCAGGUGGCAGGAGGUUUGCAAGCAAUAGAAAAGGAUGGGAGCCGCGAAGACGUACAGCGCAUAAUGCAUCCCAACGUUACAUUUGUUUUGACGUCUAACGCGCAGGGGCAUGACAAGAAUAGUUUUGGGCACGUUGGCCGCGCAAAAAGACCUGUAUACUGUGAUAAAAAUUGUUUUGCUGCUUCCAUAGACCGGGUUCAACUGGUCUGCCGUCCAACGCAUUCUCCCAGAUAUACCCCUUUAGAUCCAUUCCUCCAUAGUUCGUCUGGAGAAUAUUUUUCCAACGUGCUAUGUGGUCUCAAAACUAGCGUAACGUCAUGAUGAUGUGAC